GCCGCUGCGGCCGCCGCCGCAGCCUCCUCCGGGUCCCGGGUCUCCUCGUCCUCCUGCGGUGAUGAGCUGGGCCCCGUCGGGGGCUGCACCUGCCGUCUGCCCAUCACCCCGGGCCUCCCUGCGUGACCUCGGCCUCCUCGCGUGCCCGGCCCCCGCGGCGCGGGGCUCCCCCUGAGAGGGAGCGGCAGCGGCCUCUUCCGCCCCGAGUCCUCGCUCGGGGGCCGCGCGGGGAGAGCGCCCGGCCCCCUCCCCUCCCCCGUCCGCCGUCCUCAAUGUCUCCCCGGCGGGGAGGGGGCUGCCUGGGAGACGCGCUGAGCUGCCCCCCCCGGAGGCCCGUCGGCGGCAGCAGCAGCGCCCGGCCCGGCGCCCCGCAGCCUUCCCCGGCGGCGGCGGCGGCGGCCUGGAGGAGCCCUGCACCCGCCGCCGCCCCCGGAGCCUCGCAGCCGCCGCCGCCACCCGGCGCCCGAGGAGAGGGCGGCGGGCGCCCCCCGGGGAAGAUGAAGGCGGAGGGGGGCGACCACUCCAUGAUCAACCUGUCGGUGCAGCAGGUCCUGAGCCUCUGGGCCCACGGGACGGUGCUGAGGAACCUCACGGAGAUGUGGUACUGGAUCUUCCUGUGGGCUCUCUUCUCGUCCCUGUUUGUCCACGGUGCUGCGGGCGUGUUGAUGUUUGUGAUGCUGCAGAGACACAGGCAGGGGAGAGUGAUCUCCCUCAUCGCCGUCAGCGUCGGAUUUCUGGCUUCUGUCACCGGCGCGAUGAUUACUAGCGCAGCCGUCGCGGGCAUCUACCGAGUGGCAGGGAAGAACAUGGCCCCCCUGGAGGCGCUGGUGUGGGGCGUGGGACAGACUGUAUUGACAUUAAUCAUCUCCUUCUCAAGGAUCCUCGCCACACUCUGAGCUGUCGGUGGGAAUGUCUAACUUCACAGAAGGAAACAGAUGUACAGAUUCUCAGAACACGGCGUUGUGAAGGAGCGGGGAUGAAAUUGAGCAAGGAGAACGUGGAAGGAGCAGGUCGCUGCAGAAGGCCUUGAGCUGUGUGCGAAGAUCGCCCUCUGGUGUCCAAGUGAUUGCACUACCGCACCGCACCUUAACGUGCCUCCGUCCCAGGCCAGGCGCAUCCUGGAAGCCGUGAGCAGAAGCACCUUGUUCAGCUGCCAAUCAGGUUAACACUGGCGUUGACUCAUCGUUCUUUAACAGUGUUGUGUUGAGUUACAGGGACGUUUUGAGGAAUUGAUAUAUGUGCCAAACUCUUCUCUCUCUCUCUCUCUCUUUUUUUUUAAACAUUGAUCAUGUGACAAUUUGCAAGUGUAGAUGUAGAUGAGUGCUGUGAACCACAUUUGACAUGAAUUCAGGUAACGUAGUGAGAUUUUUCUUUCGUGAUGCUAAAUCCCGUGUGAGUGCUGAACACCAAAUCCUUUAGUAUGCGGCGAACUUUUUGGUUUUUAAUGUUGAACGUUUCUGGGAUUUAGGGCUUUAAUAUGUUUAGGCAUUAUUGUUAUUUAAUUUAUGUGGAAAAUAAUACUUAAUGGAAAACUAGCUAAACUCUUGUAAGGACUCAAAGUAGACCCAUAGGGUGCAUCUUCCCACUCACUUAAAUAACAAACACUCUUUUAAUAGUUUCCCUCCUACGUAACUAUUCUAUUGAUAUGAAUUCAAAAACUAUGGGUCACACACAUUGACUGUAGUUUGUGUGUCAUAAAAAUAUAAUUUGAAAAUUUUCUUAUAAACUUUGUAAGAAAAGAAGUCUGAAAUGCAUGUUGCAUUCUUUGACCCUUCUAAAGAAAGUUUUUGCCAUGUAUCUCAUGGAGAAAACAUCUUUAUAACUCGUAUCUCGGUGGGAUUAUAUUACUUGUUGCAUAUUAUCUUGAUUUUUGACAAAACAUAAAUGAUCUUGCAUUCUGGAGUAUUACCUAUAUUUAAAGAGUGGCCUAAAUUAGGCUGUGAAAACAAAGAGCCUCAUUUGUAGAUAAGUGACAAGUUAUAUAAGAAGAGUAAUAAACUAUCUUACAUUGGGCAUGUGGUAACAUAAUUUCGCUAAGUAAAAAUGGGGGAAUAUAAGUAAUUUAAAAAUUUGGCACUUAAUCUCAGCAUAUCAGUACAGUACUGAACAUAUAUUAGAGCCGUUCUGUCGUUCAGUUCUCGAUUUGCACUAUUAAGUUUCCUAGAAUCAGUGACGACAUUUAAUAGAAUGAAAAAGCCCUUAGUAAUACAACAUUUUAAGAGGUUUUGGCAAGAUGGAGUUGUUUUUAAGAGUGCAAGGAGUAAGGGGGAUAGAACCUGGUUGAAUUUGUCUCCAACUGAUUGUUUUAAAUUCCAGGUCCUCUGAUAAAUGUGCUAACUCAGAAACCCACUGCAGAAAAUGUGAAGUUAAGGGCAAUCCAAAAAACAAUCUGCAUACUCUAGCCUCACUGUUUUAUACCCCGAUUUGCUAAAAAGUACAUUUCUAUUAGGUCCCAUUCAAAUUUAAGACCCUCAUUACCUACACCACUUCUUUUCCACCGAAAAGAAGAAGAUCUUUCAAUAAGGAGGGGAUACUUUUACCAGUAUGGAAGCCAGUUUUGGGGGUUUACUAAUGCUGUGGCUUGGAAAUCUGUUUUUGUUUUUUUUUUUUUUUUUAAACCAAUAAGCAACUAUGCAUCCCUAGAGAUCUUUGAAGUAAACCUUAAAAUUGAUUCUUUUUAUUAUGUACAAGCCUAAAAAUUAUUUUCAUGUGUUAUUUAUGCUCCUGAUGUUUUCCCAAAUUAAAUUUAGGCAUAAAUUUUCCAAGUAAGUUUGAUUUCUCCUUUUCUUUCAGAUUUGAAUAGUGUUCUUCCUUUACUUUGGCUCUUCUGUUGGUCAUUUCAAGGGUUCAUAUUCUUUGAAAGGAGUUACCAAUCACAUGUUCACAUUGUUUCAGAUCGACGAUACGAAUAUUUCUUUGAACAUUUGGUUGUUUCAUGAUUUAAGAAAGUUACCUUGGUAAGGGAAUACGAGCACAUGGAUUAGAAUCCAAAAUUAGCCAGAAAAUAACGCAGACACAUUAAAUCCAUCCGUGUGUGGACCAAAGAGAUUCUAACUCCUGUUUUUAUUCUCGAAUGGAAGUAUAAUUAGGUGGUUCUUAAUUAGUCUGUGGAGUGUCCUGUAGCUCUCUCCAUCAAGUUGCUUUACAUUCUGAAUUGUGUCUGUGUGUGAGCUCUUAACCUUUCGAGGAAUUGCUGGUUUCUUUGCUGUUUUCAGUUCUUUCCAUUGGGAUUUUGUGCAGAUGUCACUCUCUUGAUAUUUUCAAAUGCAGUUGAAUCGUGUGAGUUGAAGAAAUUGUCUUAAUAGCUCUUUCUGUGCCGAGAUUUUUUUUUUUUUAAAUCAGUGGUUUUCCUACAGAGACAACAAAUGCUUAAUGUUAUAUAUCCACACACACAUAUAUAUAUCAUUAUAUACAUAUAUGUAAAGCUGCUACAUAUGAAUAUAGUCUAAGUGGAAAGCUUUUGUUCAGUGAACACUUUCCCGUUCUAGUAGAGAAUUUUAUAUAUUUGUUCAGUUGAGUGAUCUUUGAAAUAAGCAAGGAUGUUUGAGAUUUUUUAAUUUGGAGAAGUUUUUCUUGGGUUAUUAGUGCUGGAGACCCUUGUUUGUGAUAUGACAAGAAGCCCUUAUUGAUGUAUUUGGGUUACACCGUCUUAAAAUUUAUAUAUGAUUUAGCAGUAAACUUUCUUUGUGAUGAAUGCAGGAAGGAAGGGGGAAAUCUUUUAGAGUUUAUACUCCUUUAUUAAAAAAAAUAAUAAAAAGUUUACUAAAAUACUACUAAUGGUGAAAUCAGCUCCCCAAAGAAGAGAUCUAUGCCAACAUCUCCAAACUAAUUAUUACUUAACAUACUGGUUAGAACUGUCCAUAGAUCAGCAUCAAUCAGGGGGGCCCACUGAAGCUACAAAUAAUGCAGAACUUUUAAAUGAAGGCAGUGCAGGUGGCCCCAUGGGAGGACUCCACUGGUUGCCUAGAAUAAGGACAUUUCUAAAUGGUGGCUGUAUUCAAUGCCCACAGCUUAAUCACUCUUACUUUACAUCUUACUGUAUACUAAGCAGUCUUAGUCUGUUACCUGAGGUACUUUCUUAGUAUUUGCAACGUAUAUUUGCACAGCCCAAAAAAGCAUAAGGGUUUUGUUUGUUUGUACUUUAAGUGAGAAGUAAGGAAAUGAGCUGCCCCGUAUAUCACGCAUCUGUGAUAUAAGGAAUAGGGGUAAGUUAAAAUCAAAGAGUGUUGUUGAAAACACCUUUAAAGAAGGACUAAUUAAGACACAGAGGGCUCUGCCAUGUUGCUGUGCCCAUGCCGGCACUUCCACGCCAGCUAAUUCCGUCUGGUACGCAUGGCUCUGUGGCUUUCCAGGUUCCGUCCUGAGUAUUUCUAUAGUAAAUACAAGGAUGGGGGGGGGGUCCCUGCCCUUGAGUCCACCAAGAGCUAGCAAGGUAAUUGUAAACCCUAAAAAGUUGGGGAAUUUUACUUCCCGAUUCUGUUUGAGAGUUUAAGUCCUGGUCCCCCUUCCCCCUGCCCCCAGAUUCUGGUUUUCCCAGUUUAUCCACUGAAUGGACUUUCUGAAAGUGAGAUACCAUUGCUCUGACAGUGUGGACAGAAGGCUAGACUGUAGCCCACCGCCUCACCUCGAACCCAGGACCCGUCUCUCGUUGAAUGCACAGCCGUAACUAUUUGGCAGUAGGUGACCAAGGGAAUCAUUAGGAUGGUUUCAAUUACAUUUUUAACACCAACUGAAUAUGUUGUUUUGUAAAAUUCUUCUAUUUUCUUCCAUUUCCACAUGUUCCCCUACAUCUAUUUUAAGAAGGAAACUAAAAAAAAAAAGUCUCAUAAUCUUGCUUCCUUUACCUCCUCUCCAGCUCUUUAUUUUGAAAAUAAGCAGAUUCUGCAAGACCACUUCUGGGAGUUGGAGGGGGUGGAGAUGGCCAGGACGAGCAGGAUUAAAUUCGUUUGUUCAUCGCUAGUUCAACUAGAAAAAGGGUGAGAGUGGCCAGCUCUGGCACUCCCCCUCCUCGGCCCGGUCUUUGUCUUAUCCUGCUUUGCUUCCCUUGGAUCAUUCAGCCUACGUCCACUGAAUAUCUACCACAUGCGGCUUCACUGUCCUUGUUUCAGGGAUGGGACAGGGUGUCCUCCGUGUCCUCCCCUCCUCCGCCGCCCUGCGCCGCGGGCUUCAGGUGUCUGGUCAGUUCUGUAGGAAAUAGAUCUGGGCUUUGGUGCCUGCCGUGUCCCUCAUCCCACGGACCAAAGAUGCUUAUGCCCUACUUGUUUCUAACUGCAGAGGGUUCUGUUAUUUUUGAUUUAUGUCAGGUUAUAAUUCAUGAAGUCACAAGACAUGAAGGAUAUUUUCUGAAAUAUUCUCCAACUACUUCACUCUUCUAUUACCUUUUUUCCCCCUCUCCCGAACGUCUUAAUCAGAAUCUCUUCAGAGUCCUUACUUGUUGGUAAGAUGUGAAGAACAUAGAAGGUCACGAAGAAGUUCUAGUAGACCUAAGGGGCAGAGAAGUUGGACACCACCUGCUGGGUCGCUGUGUAAAUGGUGGUUGUUUUUAAUCGUCAGGGGUGAGAAUCUCAGUGCGGAAAAUUGGCUAGUGAUCCGAUCAGUUGGCUCAUAAUCUCUCUUAACUUGAGGGGAGACUUUUCAUGCAAAAGGACAUUAUUCGAUUAAAGAUGACAAGGUGUUUCAAACACGUGGUAGCAUUUUGUAGCAGGGGGCAGUUUGUCCUUUAGGCAGGAAGAAGCUGGAGGGGAAGCACCCCAAGUCAGGGCGAACACAGCUGCCCCCCGGUGGUAGGUCUGUAAACUACACUGUGUGAGGACGUCUGCUGUUUAUUUGAGAGACUCAAGGGAGCAUUCGCAAUCCGUGUGUGUGUGUGUGUGUGUGUGUGUGUGUGUGUGUUGAUAGGUUAGCUCUUCUCAUAGAACGAUCUCUGUUCAGUGUAGACAGUACAGUGUUUUUAAGGAGGCUGCUAAGGUUGUUAUCUAAAAAUAUAUUUACGAAUUUGUUUGGGGGAGUAGUACUUAGUAUGUUUCAGUAAAUGUGGAGGUUUACCAGUGAAUACUUGAUUAAAUCCAUGGAAACACCCACAUUUCUACAUGAGCUGAGCUCUGAACUGUAUCUCCUCCCCGGAGAUUAGAGGACUCCUCCUUACAUUCAUUGCGCAUACGUUGGACUUACAUAAUGACCCUUUGUCAAUUUCAAGAACGAAUUUUCCAGUUUCUUAAAAAUCUCCCCCUUCCUUCCAUACCAAUGUCAUAAGUUAAAGGUUAAACCCAAGUGCAGUUUGUUGAUAGACUCAGAAGCACUGUUUAGAAGAAAAGGUUCUUAACACCUUACAGUCAUGCAGUUAUAAUUUCACUGAAAAAUAAAUGUUCCAGGCAAGCCAAGAAAGCAUGAACCUCUUCCAUAUUUUUUGGAUGAUGUUCUGUGUCCUCUCAGUCUGGCCUCAAUGGUAAUGUGACUGUCCCCUCUUUGGGAAUCUAUUUAGGUACAGAACUGGAACUGGAAAGCAGUGUAACACGAAUAUAUAGAACGAGGCACCAUCAUCCAUAAUGACGAUAACUGUAACACUUUUUCUCCUAAUUACAUAUUGAAAAUUUCCAAAGUCCAUCUCUUGCUUUAGAGCCCUGUACGAAUGAAUGUUAACUUGACAGUACUACUGAUUAGGAGAAAUCUCUCUUGUUUUUAGACUUAAAUAUUUGCACAUCAUCACUAAGUAUCUUGGGGGAAGGAACGUUUUAAAGUUUCCUCCAUAGAGAGCGAAAUAGAGGCCCUUGUUUGAAAAGAAGUUAAAAAUGAUUUACUUUCAGUACUGGAUGAGUUGGUUGUUAAAUGUUGACCCUUUCUUGGUGUUUGUGAUAGCAGAUGCAUUUAUGUGGAGAAAUUUUUAGUUUCCACCCUCAAUACACACACACGUGAGCUGUACAUACUUUAGAUGAACAAAUAAAACUCCACAGUAUUUUCCAUUACAGUCCUAUAACUUACUAAAAUUUAUAGGAUUCUGCCAUGAAGUAUUAACCCCUGACUCUAGACAUUUGAGGACGAGGGGAUCCACUUCAAAUGAACCAACAACAAUGGCUUGAUUUAAAUAGCAACAAAAUAUAGUUUACCCGCUAGGUAUUAAAAAUUCACUUUCAAAUUGUGUUAACUCUCAGGUCACUGAUGAAUCAUUUAGUAAAACGCAGCAGUUUUUAAAAGCUAAAUGAUGCCUUAGUGCCUUGGAAGUUAAGAUACUUUUGCAGAGUGAAUUUGACGGGAUUCAGGACUGGCAUACUUGUUACUGGAGAUUUAGAAUUUAGGGAUGGUUUUAUUGAAUUCACUCCUUAUGGUGAAUAAAAAUCAGCCAUUUUGCCAUUGACUCCGACAAAUGACAACUACUUUCCUUACAUUUUCAUGAUGUGGUAUUUGUCUAUAAUUUUUUUUCUUUUUACAAGGAAGUUCGAAAUGGAGAAAAAUGUAGUCAAGACAAUGAAGUGUGGGAUUUUAAAAUUCAGUUUUGUCGUAAACUAGAAAUUCUAGCGUGGACAGUGUUAGUUUUAUAUCGUAGUAUUAAAGGGCAGAAACUUUAUGUAACCUUUAGGAAUAUGUUUACCAUCAGGGAUUUCUUUUUACUAUAGAAAAACUUAAUGUACUGUGAAGUUUAAAGACAGGAAGAAUAAAUGUUAGACGGGGUCACACACAAAAGCAAAGGCAUAUGUGAUGAACUACCCCAUAUUAUGUGAACACAAUCCCCUCCUUCUGUUAAGACUAUAAACUACACUGUAUGAGUAUGUGUACUGCAUGUUUACAUAAUAUAGUUUAAUUUUGAAGGAUUAUUUUAAAAACUAUGUUUAUGUAUAAUACCUAACGAGCUGUAAAUAUUGUAUACUAUUGAUUUUUAAUUUUAUAUAAGCGAUUUUUUUAUUUCCCAAUUCAUGUACAAACCUCAUUGUGUAUAUAGCCUGAUUUCCUGGAGAACACAAAUUUUGCAGUGAACUUUAUUUUAAUUGUGGUAAGCAUCAAGUUAGCCUUAGGGAUGUUGGUCUUUAUUUUAUUUUUCACCACUCAUUUUCUUCAAAGGGCAGCAAUAAACACAUGCAAGUUUUUUUUGACUCUAGAAAGUUGGUCUGCAAACACAAGAUCUAGGUUCCAAUUCAUUGCUUUAAAGAAAAGAUGCACAAUUACUAUCUAUUGUCUGAUCACAGGACCAUUUCUGAGGUCCGUGUGUCUCUCCUCUUUGUAAUUUACAGGGUGAACUCUUUACUGACACACACAGGACAACUGUUAAAAGCGAAUCCAGCACUUAAACAUCAUUACACAGAAUUUAUUGGAUUAAAAAUUUGUAAUAUACAGUAUUUUAAUAAAAUUUCUGUAUUCAAUUUCAUGCACUUAUAUAUAAAUAAACCUGUCUUUAAAAGCUU